AUGUCAACAUUUGAUCCUCUUGGGUUUUUAAGUUAUGUUAUUGUUGGUGGAAAAUUAAUUUUACGCGAGCUUUGGAGACGUGAUUUUCGAUGCUAUUUUUCAGCAGGGUUGCCGGAUAGUCUUAAUCUUCACAUCUUUGUUGACGCUAGUGAGGACUCCUUUGCUGCCGUCGCAUACUGGAGGUGGAUUUCUGAUGAUGGUAAAAUAGGUACUAGUUUUGUGACAUCUAAAACAAAAUGUGCCCCUUUGAAAAGAGUAACCAUUCCACGCUUGGAGCUGCAGGCAGCAGUACUGGGAACCCGAUUAAUGCAAACAAUUUUAGAUGGUCACGGAUUUACACCUGAAAAAUGUAUCUUAUGGAGUGAUUCCAAAACAGUUUUAAAAUGGAUUGCUAGUAGUCAUCAUCGAUACAAGCCAUAUGUAGCACAUCGAAUUGCUGAAAUUUUGGCCUCCACCGAAACUGAUAGCUGGAAGUGGGUUUCAACCCAUGAUAACGUCGCUGACGAUGCAACAAGAGCGUUUAACAACAUUGACUUUUCCUCCUCUACACGUUGGCUUACUGGGCCGGAAUUCCUUUUGCGUAACGAAGAUGAAUGGCCAAACAAUUAUAAAGCUGAUGAUUCAAAUCAUGAAGACGAGGAAGAGCUUCGCCCUAAAAUUUCUUUAAUAAAGAGAACAACCGCAUGGGCUUUACGUUUUAUAAAUCGAUGUCGUAAAAAAGAAGUCGAUGUACAAUAUUAUUGUUUAACUGCUAGUGAACUUGAGUCAGCUGAGCAAUUGCUGUGUUUACUGAUACAAAAAGAGCGUUUUUCAACUGAAGUCCAUUGCAUUAAAAAUAAUCAAUCCUUUCCGAAAAACAGUAAUUUAGUGCAGAUGACACCUUAUAUUGACGAAAAUGGUUUGCUGCGUCUGUAUGGUAGAAUUGAUGCAGCCAUCUUCUUGCCUUAUAGUUCAAGACGACCAGUGAUAUUACCAUAUGAUCAUUCCUAUACAACUCUUGUAGUUCAUCACUAUCACUGCCAAAUGAAAGAUCAAAAUCACGAGGCGACAAUAUGUGAAAUACGUAAGAAAUACUGGAUUCCUCAAGUUAGACGUCUGCUGCGGAAAGUUAUUUCAAGUUGCAUGCUAUGCAGGUACAGUAAGGCUACCCCACGUAUACCAAUUAUGGGUCCACUUCCUAUUGACCGACUCGCGCCGAACGUCAGACCAUUUAAAUACACUGGUCUGGACUAUUUUGGCCCUUUGACUGUAGCUAUUGGCAGGCGUUCUGAAAAAAGAUGGGUAGCACUCUUUACUUGCCUUACAAUUCGGGCUAUACAUUUGGAAGUAGCCCAUGACUUGUCAACCGACUCCUGCAUUAUUGCUAUGAGGAAUUUCAUGAAUUGCAGGGGUGUCCCAGUACGAUUGCGUUCUGACAACGGAAAAAAUUUCAUUGGUGCUAAUGAAGAGGCUAAACGUUUUACAGAAGUUUUUGAAGCCGAACGAAUACAAAAUGAGCUGUCUGGUAAGGGUGUUGAGUGGGUCUUUAAUUGCCCAAUAAAUACGUCUGAGGGUGGAAUAUGGGAAAGAAUGGUCCAGUGUGUUAAGAAAGUACUCCGGAAAACUUUAAAAGACGUUUCGCCUAAAGAACAUGUUUUGCAGUCCCUUUUAUUAGAAGCAGAAAACAUUGUCAAUUCACGCCCAUUAACUCAUUUGCCAAUAAGCCCAGACGAAGAAGAACCCCUCACGCCAAAUCACUUCCUUGUUGGUUAUGGAAAUGUGGCUCAAACUCCACCAGCUGAUGAGGCAGAUAGUAAGCUCUGUAGUCUUAGAAAACAGUGGCGUAUUGCAAGGAGUCUUCGUGACAGAUUUUGGAAACGUUGGGUACUCGAGUAUUUGCCAACAUUAACAAGAAGAGUUAAAUGGUGUGAAAGAACAACUCCAUUAAAAGAUGGCGACAUGGUAUUUAUAUGUGAUCCAAAUCUUCCCAACAGUCAAUGGCGACGUGGCAUAGUAAUUCGUGUGUAA